AUGUCCGACGUCCAAGAGCGCCUCAAGAAGCUUGGCCUGGGAGCCCGAACUGGUAUUGGAAAGGGCACUCCCCGAAGAAAGGUCAAGCGUGCGCCCGCCCGCUCCGGCGCCGACGACAAGAAGCUUCAGCAGGCCCUCAAGAAGCUGAACACUCAGCCCAUCCAGGCCAUUGAGGAGGUCAACAUGUUCAAGUCUGACGGCAACGUCAUUCACUUUGCUGCCCCCAAGGUCCACGCUGCCGUCCCCGCCAACACCUUUGCCAUCUACGGUAACGGUGAGGACAAGGAGCUUACCGAGCUCGUCCCCGGCAUCCUUAACCAGCUCGGCCCCGACUCGCUCGCUUCCCUCCGCAAGCUCGCUGAGAGCUACCAGAACAUGCAGAAGGAGAAGGGUGAGGAUGAGGACGACAUUCCCGAUCUCGUCGAGGGUGAGAAUUUUGAGAGCAAGGUCGAGUAAAUCUGCUCAAUUCCAUCAAUGCGACGGGCUGGUGAAAUCGUGGGCAUGUUCGGUCAAGAGGCUGGCUAGGUUAUCCCGCGAGGUGGGUUAUGUUUUGCACCUGGGAAUCCAUAGGAGGAGGGUCGUCACAGAGCUCCCAAGGCGUCUUCUGCGUCAGGAAAACUGGGAGUCGGUACACAACACAAAAGGUCACGGCUUGCGAGAAUGUCGCGGUGGAACGGCUGUAUCCCGGCUGGCUGAGGUUGAUUGAUCUGUACAAGAAAAAAAAUACGACUUACAUCGGGAGAAAUACCAAUCUCUAAUGAUG